AUGGCAAUGAGACCUAGUAGUCCAAUUGGUGCUACCAGAUUAGUGAAUAAACAAAAGGGAGAACAUUUUAGGAAACAAGAAUCAAAGGUACAGAACCUAGAUUAUCUUGGAGGAAAUACAGUGUGGGUGAAAGUCGAUACAGAUGAAUUGUUUGUUGAAUCCACAGUAAAAUCAGUAGAGGGAGAACAACUAAGAGUGAAUUGCAAAGGAGAAGAAUUACUGGUAAAUCUAAAAGAUUGCCUUAACAGUUUGCCAGAUUUUGAUUCAUUAAAAGUUAAUGAUCUGUCAAAAAUCCCACACGCAAAUAGCGCAGUAGUGUUGAAGAUCUUGAGGGAACGGUUUAAUCAAGAUGUGAUAUAUACGUACGCCGGUAAAUUGCUAGUGGCAUUGAACCCAUUUAAAAAAAUCCCAAACUUGUACGAUGAUAAUGUAAUUGAGACCUAUAAAAAGGCAGAUACGACACUAGGAUUCCCAACUGAUUUAGAACCACAUACCUAUGCAGUUGGACAGUGCGCAAUAAAUGGAUUGUUCAACGAUAACAAAAAUCAGUCAUGUAUAGUUAGCGGAGAAUCUGGAGCAGGGAAGACAGAAACCGCAAAACAAUUGAUGAAUUUUUUUGCCUAUUCUAGAACGAAUUUAAAUACAAGCACGUCAGUCCAGGAUAUUAUACUCGGUAGUAACGCACUUUUGGAGUCGUUUGGAAAUGCAAAGACUAUUAAUAAUAACAAUAGUAGCAGAUUUGGGAAAUUCCUAAAGCUAAAUUUGCUUCCAACAGGAGGAAUAGUAGGAGGAGAGAUGAGCAGUUAUAUGCUUGAAAUAUGCAGAGUUGAAUUCCAGAACGAAAAUGAAAGAAACUUCCAUUUAUUCUACCAAAUCCUAAAAGGACUUAAGAAAGAGGAACUACAACAAUACUCAUUUAUGGAUCUUAAGGAUUAUAAUUAUUUGAACCAGAGUAAUUGUUACGAAGCACCUGGAAUAGAUGACGUUUCAGACUUCUCGAACGUAUUGGUCCAGCUUAAAAAGCUGUUCACACCAGAGAGACUUAAUAAUUUUUUCGAGAUAAUCUCGGGAAUCCUACUUUGCGGGAACGUUGAUUUCGUAGAAGAAUCAAGAAUGGGAGUGGACUCAGCGGCUAAGUUAUCAAACCCAUCACUAUUUAGAAAGUUAACAGAAUUGUUGGGUUUGGAUUAUGAUUUGGCAGAGAAGGCGAUGAUUGAAAAGGUUAUCAAGAUACAAGAUAACAUGAUCGAGUCGCCAGUAACGUCAAAAGUAGCACAAGUAAACGUCAGAGCACUCUCUAAAGAUUUAUACGGCUUUUUAUUUCAGUAUAUAAUACAAUUAAUAAAUCAGUUCACAACUGGAAAGUCAGACGAGUCAAAUUCAUAUGACAAAGAGUCUUACGUGGGAAUUUUGGAUAUUUACGGAUUUGAAUAUUUUAAACACAACACAUACGAACAGCUGUUAAUAAACUUUGCAAACGAAAAACUGCAAAAGUAUUUUAUAAACAAUGUGUUCACUAGUGAAUUGGCCUUGUAUGAGAGAGAAAAAAUAGACGCAACGUCAAUAGUCUAUAGCGAUAACUCUGUAAUACUGGAAAUUUUCGAGAAAAAAAAUUGUGGAAUCUUCCCGUUUUUAUACGAGCAGUGUUCAAUGGAGUCUGGAACGUCAGACGCGUUCACAAGAAGCUGUAACACCAGAAUAAAAAACGAAAACUUUAUACCGCCGAAAGGAAACGUGAAUGAAUUCACAAUAGUACACACAGCAUGUAAAGUAGUAUAUAAUACUGAGGAGUUCAUAACAAAAAAUAAGCAUUCGUUAUCUGAAGUUGUGGUAGCUUUGUUGUUAAAUAGCACAAACGAGUUGUUGAAGGAUAUGGUUAUACAUUCGAUGGCUUUGGAGGCGAGUAUGGAGUGUAGUCCAACGAAUCAAACACCAGGUAGAACUAGUAGAACAACCAGAUCUAGCACAAAGUUAUUUGUUGGAAACAAGUUUUUGAAGAGUAUAAAUGAACUGGUCAAAUGUCUGGAGGAAACCAACUCUCACUUUAUAAGGUGUGUUAAAACCAAUCAAGUAAAACAGCCAGGAGUCUUUGAUGUUAAGGGAGUUUAUGGGCAACUAAACUCACUUAGUAUAUUGGAAGCCGUACAAAUAAUACACAAAGGUUAUGCAUACAAGUCGUCAUUUGCAAAUUUCAUUAAUGAUAACCAAUUUGUAUAUAACAUACUAAUAGGUGGAAAAUCAUCUGAUGAAGAUGAUACUGGAACUGAAGAUAGAGAGAAGGAGAAGGAAAAUGCAGUAAACAUGUUAAAAUUACUGGAAAUACCAGAAAACGAAUAUCAAGUAGGAUUAACGAUGAUUUUCUUGAAGAAAAACGGAUGGAUGUUAUUAGAACAGUCACACUUAAAGUUUUCACAGCUGUUAGCUCCACUGUCGAAAUUGCUCAAUGCGUACUAUCAGUCGUAUGUUAAUAGGAAAUCGUACCAAAAGAAAUUGCAAAUGGUAAAGAGAGUACAAAGCUUAGCAAGGAAAUUCACUUUAAUGGGUGAUAAGUAUAAAAAAUUAAAACUGGUAAAUGAAUUCAUCGGUUUUGUAGUAGUGUCAAACUGGCUUAACUUUGAUCAGAGGGUUCAUACCUCAGCAUUAAUAAUUCAAUCGAACUACAGAAUGUUGGUCCAGAGAAGAAAAUAUUUGAGAGAAAUAGAAGAACUCCGCCUACUUCACAAAAAAAGAGUUAUAAGGAAAAGAUUGGGAAAAUUUAAGACUUAUGUAUGGUAUUCAGUCUUUUGUUUGUAUUUACAGAAGGUAUAUAGGAUAUACCAACUUAACAAAGCAGCAACAAGGAUCCAAGCAAUGUGGAGGAUGCACCAGUGUGUGUCAAAUUACAACCAUAUCCGUUACAGUUAUUUGAAGGAUUAUGCAGCAACAGUGGUUCAAAAGAACGUGCGCUGUUAUCUCCAAGUUAAAAACUAUGAAUUUAUUAGAUAUGCCAUUCCAAGCGUGGUCUUGAUACAGAGCUAUUUUAGAGGAUGGCUGGUCAGAAAGUUUGUUGACUCCAAAGUUAAUGUACUAAAAUCAAUAAGAAAUAGACUGGCUUUAUAUUCUAAAUUGUAUGUUCUCCAAAACACAAUAAGGUCAAUAUUAUCAACACACCGCUUCAAGUUAUUGAAGCAAGAUUUGUCAACAUUACAGGGGUAA